GUGUGGGUGCCGGGGGCGGGAGCCUCUCCGGGCCUCAGAAGUCCAUUCGUGCGGGACGCCGAGGGUCCACGGGCUCUGGAGGGAAAGGAGACAGGGCCCUGGGGCCCGUAUGGCACCGGAGGGGACCAGGGGCUCCCGGGAGAGAGCGGGAUACAUGAGGCCUCCCAGGAGAAGGGGGGAAGACUUGGGGACAGUGGAAACCGCCGGAGGCCAGGAGGUGGCCAGCAGGUGCUGGUGGAAUGCGCUGUCAUAGCGCAUGCCCAGUCCUGGCAUUCCUGAAUUCUCACCCAGGGUGGCCUCCUGAGCUUGCUUCUCUACAAGAUGUUGGGGUUUUUGAAGCGCCCUGUAGUGGUGACCGCUGACAUCAACUUAAAUAUUGUGGCUCUGACUGGAGUGGGGCUGCUGAGCCGGCUGUGGCGUCUCUCCUACCCACGGGCUGUAGUCUUUGAUGAAGUCUACUAUGGGCAGUACAUCUCCUUUUACAUGAAUCGGGUCUUCUUUCUGGACGACAGCGGGCCACCGUUUGGCCACAUGCUCCUCGCUUUGGGAGGUUAUUUAGGCGGAUUUGAUGGUAACUUUUUAUGGAACAGAAUUGGAGCAGAAUACACCAGCAAUGUGCCUGUGUGGGCCUUGCGCCUGCUGCCGGCGCUCACGGGGGCCCUGUCGGUGCCCAUGGGCUACCAGAUUGUGUCGGAGCUGCGCUUCUCCCACUGUGCCGCCAUGGGUGCAGCCCUGCUCCUGCUCAUCGAGAACGCCCUGAUCACCCAGUCCAGGCUCAUGCUGCUGGAGUCACCAUUAAUAUUUUUUAAUCUCUUGGCUGUGUUGUCCUAUCUGAAGUUCUUCAACUCCCAGAAACAGAGCCCUUUCUGUCUGCGCUGGUGGUUCUGGCUGAUGCUGACAGGGGUCGCCUGCGCCUGCGCCGUGGGCGUCAAAUACAUGGGCGUCUUCACCUACCUGCUCGUGCUGGGCGUCGCAGGCGUCCAUGCCUGGCACCUGAUCGGAGACCGGACUCUGUCAAAUGUCUGUGUGUUCUGCCACCUGCUCGCCAGAGCGGUGGCCCUGGUGGUCACCCCAGUUGUCCUGUAUUUACUGUUCUUCUACGUGCACUUGACACUGCUCUACCGCUCCGGGCCCCACGAUCAAAUCAUGUCAAGCGCCUUCCAGGCCAGCUUGGAGGGAGGACUGGCCCGCAUCACCCAAGGCCAGCCCCUGGAGGUGGCCUUCGGCUCUCAGGUCACCCUGAGGAAUGUCUUCGGCAAGCCCCUGCCCUGCUGGCUUCACUCGCACCAGAACACCUACCCUAUGAUCUAUGAGAACGGCCGGGGCAGCUCCCACCAGCAGCAGGUGACCUGCUACCCCUUCAAGGACAUCAACAACUGGUGGGUCAUCAAGGACCCUGGGAGGCACCAGCUGGUGGUGAGCAACCCGCCCAGGCCUGUGCAGCACGGGGACGUGGUCCAGCUGGUCCACGGCAUGACCACACGCCUCCUCAACACACACGAUGUCGCAGCCCCGCUGAGCCCGCACGCCCAGGAGGUGUCCUGCUACAUUGACUACAACAUCUCCAUGCCCGCCCAGAACCUCUGGAGGCUGGACAUCGUGAACCGGCAGUCAGACAAGGACACCUGGAAGACCAUCCUGUCGACUGUGCGCUUUGUGCAUCUGAACACGUCUGCCGUGCUCAAGCUGAGCGGGGCGCACCUCCCCGACUGGGGCUUUCGGCAGCUCGAGGUGGUGGGCGAGAAGCUGUCACCGGGCCACCAUGAGAGCAUGGCGUGGAACGUGGAGGAGCACCGCUACGGCACAAGCCAGGAGCAGAGGGACAGGGAGCUGGAGCUGCACACACCCACGCAGGUGGACAUCAGCAGGAACCUCAGCUUCAUGGCCAGAUUCUCGGAACUGCAGUGGAGGAUGCUGACGCUGAGGAGCGAAGACGCGGAGCACAAAUACAGCUCCACGCCCCUGGAAUGGGUCAUGCUGGACACCAACAUCGCCUACUGGCUGCACCCCCAGACCAGCGCUCAGAUCCACCUGCUUGGGAACAUCGUGAUCUGGGCCUCGGCUAGCCUGGCCACAGCCGCCUACACACUGCUCUUCCUGUGGUACCUGCUCAGACGGCGCAGGGGCAUCCAUGACCUCCCCGAGGACAUGUGGCUGCGCUGGGCGCUGGCCGGGACGCUGUGCGCCGGCGGCUGGGCGCUGAACUACCUGCCCUUCUUCCUGAUGGAGAAGACGCUCUUCCUCUACCACUACCUGCCCGCGCUCACCUUCCAGCUCCUGCUGCUCCCGCCCGUGCUGCAGCACGUCUCCGACCACCUGUGCAGGACCCGGCUGCAGCGCAGCGUCUUCAGCGCUCUCGUCAUAGCCUGGUAUUCCGCCGCCUGCCACGUGUCCAACAUGCUGCGCCCGCUCACCUAUGGGGACAGAGCGCUGUCCCCAGGAGAGCUCCUGGCCCUUCGCUGGAAAGACAGCUGGGACAUCCUGAUCCGAAAAUCCUAGAGUAAGGACACACUGGGCGGGUGGGACCAGGUGCCACAGUCCCUUAGAAACCUGUUCCCCUUCGGAGUGCGGGAGCCCCGGGAUGUGCCUGGGUCUCUUCCCGAAAGGGUCUCCAACAGGCACCUCAUGAAGCUGAGGAUGCCGCCCCGUCUCCUUGACCUGCAAGGCCCCCCAGCUGGAGUUUAGCAGCCAGCUCGAGGCCCUAAGACAGAGGCCAGGGAUGCAGCAGCUCGGGGACCCCAUGUGGGCCCAGGGCCUCCCUCGGCUGCCAGUCUGGGGCUGAGUCCUCGGGCCGCCCUUGUUCGGGACACGCACCAGGCCGGAGCAGAGCCCCGCCUGCCUGCAGCCAGGCCUCCGUGGAGUGGCUGGCGGGCCCACCCUUGACAGGAUCCCUGCUGCUGCAAUUUUUGAAAUCCCCGAGAUUUCACUGGGACACAGGCGAGCGGCAUCUUCACCUUCAGCAGCUUGUAUCACCUACACAUUGCGUUGCCUUGCAUUUGCCUUUUUAAAAUGUAAAUAAAAGGACAAACUGGC